CGCCCCGGACCCGAGCCGGCGCCCGGAGGCCCCCCUCCAGCUGUCCACGGCCCCGGGGCGCCCAUCCCGGUUCUAGAAGACCCCGGCUGCUGCCUCCCAGGCUUCCAGCUCUACCCCGGACGGCAGGACGCAGCGGCCCUGACGGUGGAGGCGGGCGGCGGCCUCAGGGACAGAGUCGUGGCGGCCCCGCUGUGCGAGUUCCCGGGCACCCCGGAGGUGGAGAUGAGAGGGCCCGAGGAGGCGGCCGCCGGGACAGUGUUGCAGCGCCUGAUCCAGGAGCAGCUGCGCUAUGGCGCCCCGGCCGAGAACAUGAGCCUGCUGGCCAUCCAGCACCAGGCCUCGGGGAGCGCAGGGCCGGCCCGGCCGGCCUCCGGCCUUCCCUCCACGGAAAGCCUCCCGCCAGAAGGCCCACAGAUGGUCCAGCAGUCGGCGCGCCAGGAGCCGCAGGGUGAGGAGCACCAGGUGGACGGCACGGCCAUGGAGAAGCAGGCCCGGGCCACCCAGCCCCCGCAGAGCGGCGAGGAGCUGCCCACCUACGAGGAGGCCAAGGCCCAGUCCCAGUUUUUCCGGGGGCCGCCACCGCCUGGCGCCGUGGGCCACGGCUACUACCUGGCAGGCGGCGGCGGCCAGAAGGCCCGCACGGAGGGCAGGCCCGCGGCGGCCCGGGCACCCAGUGGCCACGCGCACCAGGACGAGGCGCUGAAGGAGCUGAAGCAGGGCCACGUGCGCUCCCUGAGCGAGCGGCUCAUGCAGCUGUCCCUGGAGCGCAGCGGCCCCAAGCAGCUCCUCCCGGCCGGCGGCAAGGUCUUCCCAGCUGGUCCCACUCCUGGCCCGCCGGCGGGGAAAGCGCUGGACCCCCGAGGCCCCCCGCCUGAGUACCCCUUCAAGGCCAAACCUCUGAUGUCCCCGGUCAACAAGCCCCAGGAGCACGGCUUGCUCUUCGCCGACCAGCACCCCGGGGUGCUGCAUGACAUGGGCAAGCCCUACCCCGGCCCACAGCCCGCCAGGACAGAGGUGGCCGUCCUGCACUAUCAGCCGCCGCCCGAGUACGGGGUGACCAGCCGCCCGUGCCAGCUCCCCUUCCCGUCCACGGCGCAGCCGCACAGCUCCGGGUCCUCGCAGGCGUCCUCGGUCAGUGUCAGCGGGCCGCUGCAUUCGGUCUCCCUGCCGCUGCCUCUGCCCCUGCCCGUGGCCCUGGGCGCCCCGCCGGCCCCGCCCGCCACCUCCCCCAGCCCGCAGCUCGGCCCCGACGCCUUCGCCAUCGUGGAGCGAGCCCAGCAGAUGGUGGAGAUCCUGACGGAGGAGAACCGGGCACUGCACCAGGAGCUGCAGGGCCACUACGACAGCGCCGACAAGCUGCACAAGUUUGAGAAGGAGCUGCAGCGCAUCUCCGACGCCUACGAGAGCCUGGUCGAGUCCACCAGCAAGCGGGAGUCCCUGGACAAGGCCAUGAGGAACAGGCUGGAGGGCGAGAUCCGGAGGCUCCACGAUUUCAACAGGGACCUGCGAGACCGGCUGGAGACGGCCAGCAGGCAGCUGUCGGGCCAGGAAGACAGAGCCGUGGAGGGGCUGCACGCGUGCCAGAACAGAGAAUUCUUGAAGGAGAAGGAGAAGCUGGAGAUGGAGCUCGCGGCCGUGCGGACGGCGAGGGAGGAGCACCGCAGACACAUCGAGGUCCUGGACCAGGCUCUGAGCAACGCCCAGGCGCGGGUCAUCAAGCUGGAGGAGGAGCUCCGGGAGAAGCAGGCCUACGUGGAGAAGGUGGAGAAGCUGCAGCAGGCCCUGACCCAGCUGCAGGCCGCCUGCGAGAAGCGGGAGCAGAUGGAGCGGCGGCUGCGCGCCUGGCUGGAGCGGGAGCUGGAGGCGCUGAGGGCCCAGCAGAAGCACGGGAACGGCCGGCCGGCCAGCGUGCCCGCGGAGUGCAGCGCGCCGGCCCUCAUGGAGCUGGUGAGGGAGAAGGAGGAGCGGAUCCUGGCCCUGGAGGCCGACACCACCCGGUGGGAGCAGAAGUGCCUGGAGGAGAGCGCCAUCCGCCACUUUGCCAUGAGCGCCGCGGCCGCCGCCACCGCCGAGAGAGACACCGCCCCGGCCGCCCACUCCCGCAGCGGCAGCGACGGCGACAGCUCGCUGGAGGCCCACGCCUGGCCGGAGGAGGAGGCGGCGCAGGCCGCCCGGCGGUGCCAGGACAUGGAGUUCACAAUUAAGAACCUCCACGCCAAGAUCAUCGAGAAGGACGCCAUGAUCAAGGUCCUCCAGCAGCGGUCCCGCAAGGACGCGGCCCGGGCGGACGCCGCCAGCCUCCGGCCCGCCCGCUCCGUCCCGUCCAUCGCCGCGGCCGCCGGCACGCACUCCCGCCAGGCCUCGCUGAGCGGCGGCCAGCUGGACGAGCGGCGGGAGGAGCGGCCGUGGAAGGGCAGCGCAGGGCUGCUGCUGGGGCGGGAGCACCCCCCACUGCCCGCCCCGCCCGCCGCCACCGCGCCCACCGGCAGCGCCCACACCAAGACGGGCAGCAGGGACAGCAGCACGCAGACUGACAAGGGCUCCGAGCUCUUCUGGCCCCACGUGGCCUCGCUGCCCGGCCGCGGACGGCUGAGCGGGCCUCCGGCCAGCAGCCCAGGGCUGAAGCACCCCCCCACCAAAGAGAGCGGGCCGGGCCACGGGAAGCCGCCGGAGCUCCGGGGCCGCGCGGGCAGCCAGCCGCACCGGGCCGAGUUCCCCGACAGCGAGAUGGUGGAGGUGCUCAUCUAGCGGCCCGAGACCCGCAGGUCGCGGACGGACGGCGCGCGGAGGCCCGAGGACGCUUUUCACAGAUGUUUGAAGGAAACCAAAGGAAGGCCUCGCGGCGGGGCGGAGGGCAGGAUUCGGCGCUCGACGGGUCUGCCGGCCCCGCGCCGCUCACACCAGGCAAACCCGGUCCCGGAGCGUGGCCUCCUGCGUGGCCUCUCGACCGGGAGCCAGCCUGCGCCCCCUGGGCCUGCCGGGGGGCGGGGGUAGUAGCCAUGGGGGCCUUCACUGCCCCCCCAGGCCUGGGCUCUCACCUCUGCCCAGAGGCGUCUUCUGGGAGGGCGGGAGCGCCGUGCGGGCCCCCUCUGGCUCCUGAGCCGUCUCUGCUGCUGCGUCAUCCCCUCAUUUCAGAUUUUCUCCAUUUCUUCUCUCUUUAUUGAGACGCAGCAGAGUUCCCAGGCCUGGCUCCCCCAGGCGGCGUGGGAGGCCCCCGAGCCUGCUCUUUGCCAGCGGCAGGAGGGCCACUGCCUAGGCCGAGGCCAAGCCCCACCUCUCCGGCCGCUGGGCUGGGCCGGCCGCCUCUCUGGAGUCGGGCACCAGAGCCUCGGCCGCGCCCCGUGCCUACAGCCUUGUGGGCACAGGCGGGCACCCCCUGGGGGUGGCGGGUGGCGGCAAAGGCCCUCCCGGGUGAGGCCUGGUCUGCUCUCCUGACCGGCUUUCCCUCCCGCUGUCCCCUCUGCUGCCAACCCCUGCCAAGCCAGCCCGGGGAGCCCUGGGUCCUGGACAGUCAACCAGAAACCCCCCCAGCUCUGGCCUGGCGCUGUGGGGGCGGGCACACGGGAGAGUCUGCUGUGCUGUCUCCAGCCUGGGGGCAGGUCUGUCUUGUACCGCCGGGCCGCCAGGCGAGGCUGGGCCAGCACCGGGCCUGGAGGGGCGCAAGGGCACGAACACCCUUCGGCGCCACAUCCCGGCCCAGCCUCCCUCACGCGUGCACAGCCGCUGCCACCACUGGGGAGCCCAGGACACCCGAGGGCUCCCUGCUCCGCCGGCCGUCCAGCACCCACGCGGCCUCGGCCGUCCCGCUGCAUCUGGCCCUGUGGCGCAGGCCAAGGAAGGGUGGGGCUGGGGCCAGUGUGUCCGUGGCUGGCCGAGGUAGAGCAGCCCCCGUGGGGCUGCCGGGUGCCCACGUGCCUCGGCGCUGACGGCUCGGCCUCCACACGGGCCCUGGGCUGCGGGGCUCGGUGCCAGGGCCGGGCUGGCUGAGCGUGGGCGGAGGGGUUGCUGGUCCUGCGUGCAGGCUCCUGGGCUGCCGUGGACACGGCGUGGGGAGGCCGGGGGCCAGCCAGGCUCAGCUCAGGCUCCAGAGCGGGCGCGCUGGGCAGGGAGCCUGCAGGCCAGCUGGAGCAGGGGGGCGGGGGGGCUUCUCCUAGGCCAGGGUGCCGGGUGUUCGGGGGGCCCCAGGUCUCCGCCAGGGAGCACCCCCAGUCGGCUUCCUGCGGCCCUGACGCCAGCUGCCACCACACGCUUGAUAAUCGUGGCUCGGCCAGGGGUUCAGGCGGCUCCUCCCGGCGAGAGCCUUGUCCGGGGCCUGUGGGCGGGCAGCUGGCGCGCCGGAGCGGCCGGGUCAGCGUUUCAGUAAAGGAUUUCUCCUUUGACCCAUGCGUGUUUCUUUGAAGCAUCCCCUUUCCCCCUGGAGCGCACGGUGGGGAGCACCGUGUGGGGCUGUGCUGACCCCCCACAGGCCGGGCUGGAAUUGGGCUGCCUAGGGCGCCGGGAGCUGGGCCUGCUCCCUCCCCCGCACCGAGAGGCAGCCGGGAAGUAACCCGGGUCUGCGGCGGUGGGCACUGAUGGGUAUGCGGCCGGUGCCAGGCAGCGCUCUGGGAAGACAAGUCUGGGGGACCCCGGGGGUGUGGACUCCUAGGCCCCAAGUGACCAUGUCCAGAGGACAGCCCCCUGCUGUGGCCCAGAGGGUUGGCGUGACAGCACCAUCCUC